AUGGUCAACAAGAGAACACGAUCUGGAUGGCGACUUGUCCUGCCGGCGCAGGCGGCGCAAGUCACAUCUGAGGUGAUCUUCUCUACAACAGAGGUGCGUACUUGGGACUUGUUCAAAAGUGCACCUGGCGAAUCACCGCUGAUUGACUCGGAAUACCAGUUCAUAGAUGAUACAGAAGACAUUAUUCAAUGUUAUCAGCAUGAUAAUGGUGACGACGAGCGUCAGUCUACAUCAGAAGAGCCUGAUGUUUCUCAUACCUUUAAAUGGCCUGAAGAUCAAAGGCGGAUGACCCAGAAUGGUGUUUCAUCCUCUGCACCCCCAGAAACCCCUUCUUCAGGCCGUGAGUGUUCUCGCGACAGGUCGGCAUCACCAAUACCGACCCUCGAUCUUGACCAGCACACUCGAGCGAGUCUUCUCACAGCGUAUCUCCGGGAGACUGCGACCUGGUGCGAAACUACUGACUCCGAUUGCAACUUCUCUGUCAAGUUUGCGCACGGCAUGAUCAAGUCUGAGCCCUACCUGGCAGCCGCCUUGGCUCUUGCUUCCCGGCAAAGAGACUCGAUACGACGGGAACACAACCCAUUGACCCUUGAACUGUAUCAAUACGCAAUACGAUUGCUUUUGAGACAUGAUCCAGUUGAAGCUAAUGCGGAUAUUCUGGCGACUUGCACCGUUUUGUGCGUCUACGAGAUGAUGGUAGCUGACGUUAGUGAAUGGCGUCGUCAUCUAGGGGGAUGUGCGGGACUGCUAAGAUCCCACGGCUGGAAUGGUAGCAGCGAAGGCAUUGUUAAAACCUGCUUCUGGGCUUUUGCUAGGAUCGAUAUCUGGGCCGCCUAUCUCAUGGAUCAACCAACACUCAUUCCGACCGAUUCAUGGGUGGCUGAUGAAUCUUUUGAAACCACCGUAACCAGCGGUAACAUCGAUGACUAUUGCAAUCUCGCGAUACUAAUAUUUGCAAGACUCAUCAAUAUGAUUAACACAUUUAGAAAUGAUCUUGACCAUUAUGAACUCGACUUCCCAGAUCACAUAAAUCGAGCCUGGGAAAGGUUUCAAAAGUGGUGGCGACUGCGGCCGGCGGGUGCCAAGCCCUUGGUUUGUAGUGAAGCUACUGCCUGCAGUCCAUUUCCUGCCAUUGUCUUUACCCAGUCGUCCGCAAAUUGUGGCAACACCUUCUAUCAUGCCGGGUGCAUUCUGCUACUCCGUACUGGGUACAUCCAGAGCAACCCAAGAGACACGGGAACUAUGGACCGCGUCUGGCAUGCCAAAGCUUUGGGAGGCAUAUCUACAAGCAAUCCCUCACAGUAUGCAAACACCCCCGUUGAUGCAAAUUGGGUAAAUCAUCUGCAGCCCCUCUAUAUUGCCGGCCAAUGCUUCGGGUCACAAUCGCCUUUACUUGACCAAUCCAAGCAGCGGUCGUCGACCAACACGACGGAUAACUCGCCACGCUAUGGUACAGGCAGCGAUUCUCGGACAGAGGAGUACGCCGCGGAAAAGAUUGCUCUACUCAAGCAUUUGACCAAGAUUGAGAAGCUAACCGGCUGGAAGACUUCGGAUCGGGCGAAGGAUCUGAGAAUUCUUUGGGGUUUGGAAAAUUAA